AUGGUCCCCACGGCCUGUUUCCCCACGAGCGCGGCCGCCAGGCGAUACCAGCCGCGCACACCAUAUCUCCCGUCGUACGUGGAGCGCAGCAGGGCGAUUGAGCACCGCGAACCGAACUGCACUGCCAUGAUGCCUGACGGGGCGGAUGACACGACGUCCCAGAGGAAGCGGAUCUCUGUUGCGGUCUUAUCUGAAGAAGUUCCGGCCAAGGGAGACUUUUCGUACAAUCUCGACGCCUCGCGCCUCGUCCAGGCCCGCGGGUCCUCGGCCGUGCCGAUUCUGAGCCUGAGUGCCUACACGGACGGCGGCUUGGGGCUUGCUGAGAACACGGCCUUGUCUGGCUACCGAGGAGCGGGCAGUGGAGCUGGUGGAGGAGGCGGCGCUUGUGCGGCCAGCUCGUACAGUAGCAGCGGCGGCGGCAGCAAGCACUAUCAUGCUUCCACCAUGGGAUGGGGCAGCGGGUAUGCCGACGAUCCAGGCGUGGAUUACACCAUGUGCCCGCCGUCGUUCCAGACCGUGGCCGACACUUCCUACCUGGCGACGCCUUACCGCCUGGCCUCUGGCACGCCUUCGGCGAAGCAGCCAGGCGGACCGCUCCUGUUCGUGGAUGCCGAGAGCCCCUUUGCGUACGGCAACGUGUCGACCGCCGCCGCCGCCGUGGCGGGAAUGCGGCAGCGGCCCGGUGCGGAUACGGGGGGUUUAGCGUUUCAGAGCUUGGCCAGCCCGGGCCAGUCUCGCUCGCUGAACGGCACCGGCACGCAUAGGAUGCCCGGGGAAGCUCGAGGGCUGCCCGUUCCCGGCCCCGGCCCCGGUCCGCAGCCGCCGCCUUCGCCGUACUCGACGGACGGCGCCACGGCGGCAGCGGCAUCGGCAUCGGCAGACUACAGGAGGAAUCCGCAGCAGGCGGCAGCAGCGAUGGACUCGUCGUCUUCAUCGUCGUCGGCGGUGAGCGGCGGAUACCACGGCUUCGAAAGCGCCCAGCUGCCGUAUGGAAGCCAGAGCAUGGCCGGGCAGAUGAGCCGGGCGGGCGACGUGUUUGUGACGGCGGCGUCGUCAGGGCUGUUGCCGGGCGCCGAGGGGUCUCUGCGGGCGUCGUCGGGACCUGAGACGGGAUACAGUGCGCUUUCGGAGUCGGCUUUCCCCCAGAACAACCAUCAUCAACACCAUCAACACCAUCAUCACCAUCACAACCAACACCCGCAACGUCCUCGCCAGCCUCACCAGUCCGCUUCGACAGCCGACUCCGGCUCGACGAGAAUGCCCCCCCCCCACGACAACGGCCAACCGUCGUACAUCUUCCACCGCCGGCAGCAGCAGCAGCAGCAGCAGCAGAGCGGAAGCGCCCACGAGGGGUGCAUCAUUGCCGCAGAUGCGGGCGCGGACAAGGGAGGGGCUGCAGGGGACGGCAGACAGCCACCGUCGUCGGUCAAGAUGCGGGCUUGA